ACGAUUGAUUUUCUGAAGUUUGUUUGCGUUUUUCCGCGAAGAUAUACACAAUUUUUCCACUAACUACAGUUCUAAUUAUGUGCAAAUUAUCUUUGGCAGAUAUUGAAUAAUGUAGAACAGCCAUGAACGUGCUUGAAAGGGCUGAAAAGGCCUUGGAAUACUUGAAAUCCGUCGAAGGCUCUGCGAAGACUCAUGAGCUCCAGGCGGCAGCUGGAACGCUGGGCCGGUGUCUAGGUGCAUUAGGAAGUCGACAAAACUGCGCUAGGCAUUAUGGAAAUCUUCUGCACUCUGCCAUACCGACAUUAUUGGCUCUGGCAAGCAACGAUAGUGCGGAAAUUCGACUGGUGGGUGAUGAAGCCUUGAAUAGAGCAGUGGUGGGGGGAUUUGCAUUCCACUCUCACAAAACGAAUAUUAUUCUACAGAAUCAAAUUGAUCACACCAAAAAUGCCAGAUGGAUCCGAGCAGCUCUCACAAGAAUCCUACUCGGAGAAAGCUGGCUGCGACCCGGUGUGGGCAAGAUCAGGAUGCAGGCCCAGCUCCUGUUCCCAAAACUCAGUCAGAUUGUACGGACUACAAGCGAAAUACAGCUUACACUGGAGGCUUUAGAGAGCAAUUUGGAUCGGAUAUUAUCUGCACUGGUUGUUUAUACUACAGAUGAGGAAAUUGCUGAACUAUGCUCCGCCCUGCUCACUCACGCGGAGAGCGCGGAAGCGGGCAUAAGACGGCCAGCAGCCGCGUGUGUCGCAUUGUUGUGCUCGCACAAGGAGUCAGUGCUGGCUGAGGUGUGCUCUGCUGUGUUCAAGAAGCUGUGGCCAACGACGAACGACAACACAGUGAUUUUGGCGUGGUUCUGCGUCAUUAAGGCGCUAUUUCAGACAAAUGAAGUGUCCAAAUUCGCGGACAACGACGUGUUUACGGUGCAGGAUUAUUUGCAGCUUUACUACCUAUGUAUACACUAUAUAGAGCGAACCACAACUGAGCACAACAUCCAAAACGCAGUUCUCGAAUGCCUUAGCACCCUCCUGUCGCAAGCGAGAGGGGAAUACAGAAAAGCCUUGUUGGAGAGACAUCCGAGGAAAGUGUCCUUGGACCACAGGGAGGAGAAACGACAUAGGAGGAAUAUUAGUAACGCGAGUAUAUCGUCUCGAGCGACGAUGGGUCCGCUGUCAGAACGCGAUUCUGAUCUCCUGUUCAAUGGAGCCCUACAUUUGACUACGCCCAGUUUAAGCGUCGAGGAUCUCACCAUUCAGACGCCAGACUCUCCAGCGAGUGAAAUGGACUUAGAAGAGAACACAGAACACUUGUCUAAAGAGCUGCUGAGUUACCACAAGAACCUGACCGAGAAGCUGCAGGAGAUCGAGGAGUCAGAGACGAGAGAUGAGGACCACGUGGACCAUGGAGGUUUUGAGAGUGGAGUUAAGGUAAAUAUAGGAGCGUCGGCGGACGAUGACAUUCCACUGAAGUAUCUUGCGAGGUUGCUAGCUUCAAAGUUUCUUCUCACUGCCAACAAGGGAGGUGUUAUUCCUGACAGGGUUAUUCGAGUAUCAGUGAAGUCAUCAGCACUAAACUGCAUGUCGGAGAUUCUUCAGUUGUAUCCGCAAGCCAUCACCAUCUAUUUGGACAAAGACGCGGAUGCCAAAUCACAGAAUAUCUCCGGUUCAUCGGAAGGAACUGAUUACAACCAAGACCACAUAAACGACUUCAUACUAGAACGCAACGUCUGCUACCAGGACUCACUAACAGACUCCCUAACCCAGGACCUCCUAAACAGAAGCAUGGACAGCCACACACCAUCGCAACAAUUAUCAAAAAAAGACAGCAAAUCACUCGAAAAAUCAAUGGACAGCGUCGAACAAAAAAGCUCCUCCAAAGACGUCCAAAGCAAUAUCUUAGACAGCAAAGUUUUUACCAAAAAUGAAUUGAUCGCUAGCGCAAUGACGGAUAGCACCAACCCUAAUAUGACUAAUAGUAAUUUCACUACAAACUCCAACAUGUCUUGCAGUAACGACCCAACUACAGGCUACCCGAUGUCCAGCAGCGGUGACAUAUUAUCUUCAAGCAUAGAUUUAGACAUGAAAUUCGACCAUUUCGGUGAAUCUACUACCAAUUUAGACAACCUAGAUGCCUUUAAAAAGGAAGAAAAGAAACGGGCUUUGAAAAGGACAGAUGAAGUCCAUAGCAAAGAUGCUCCGAUUAUGGAAAUAAGUGAAGAUGGAAAUUUCGAGUUUCAGCACAUGUCAGAUGUUUUUGUUCUUUUUGAAGAACAUUCGGAUCCCCAGAUUAGGGGGUUGGUGAGAGUGUGUAUAGGGAAUUAUUUGAGUGCAGCUUUAGAACUUUCACAUGGGGAUUAUAAUAGGUGGAGGAAUGUUAGUGCUUUGCCGAAGGAAGUUAGUGAUAAUAUCAGCGCUGAAAAGCUUGUGAAGAUCAUUUUAAAGGGUUUAACCGACGAAAUACACUCAGCAGUGAACCACACGCUCUCAUCUCUAGCCAAGACCGCUAUAGCAUUGAGCGAUGCGUCAUCCUGGCCUCUACUGUGGGACUGUAUCAACUCCCUCAUUUUUGUAGAGAGCAACAAGUAUUGGCUUUGCAGAGUUAAUUUGUGUAAGCUGUAUGAGAAAUUACCCUAUCAGAAGUUAUUUUUAUUGUAUCCUGGUUUCCACGAAAAAAGUAAAAUAAUCGUGGAUACACUAUUUCGCCUUCUGGCCGACGAAGACCAGAGGGUGAGGCAGGCCGCCGCCCAAACUAUUACCAACAUAAUACCCAAGAUCUUCAUCUCAAAACGCCAGACCUCAACCACAAUGCUCGCGCAGCUAACAAAAGAGCAAAGCCAACUGUUCACCUUCAACCGCCCAGGGUUGUCACUAGACCUGGUCAAGGAUAUGUACUUCUACUUCGAUCUGCCUGAGGAACUGAGAAGUGGAGAUGUGCUGAAGGGGGGAAGUUUGAGGGUUGUCGUGGGCGAUGUUAUGUGGCGGCUGGUAGCGUGCAAUUGUAAAUUCUAUUCGCAGGGGCUGCUAGAAUGCUUACAAGCCAUAUGCAAGAAGUGGUUGCCAUGGAAACACAAGCAGGCAUAUUCGGACCAAGGCAUCUUGAGCUACUGCCUCGAUAAUCUGGACUACUGCAAUGGGAGUGUGGCUAGGAGGACAUUGCUACUUGAUAUUUGUAGGCUAGUUUAUCCAGUUGAAAUCCACAACAUAAUGUGCAAGAAAACAACCACAGACAUAUUCGAACGAGACUCCCAAACUAAAGACAAAUGGCAACAUUUAGACGACGAACGAGUUUCGAACUUAGCGGAGAAGUUUCUGCAAGUGACGUUGAAGAUGCUGAAUGUGCUGGUGCAUUUGGUUGAGGAUAUUAACCCGAAUGUUCAUUUGAAUAAGAGUGGUAUUGCGCUGCCCGGGAGCCCGGUUAGGAAGAAAAGUACAGAACCUCAACCCCGUCGCGGUAGUGUCCCAGACGGCGCAGACGACAGAAACAUGCGCAAGCGACUCCCCACACCCGCCACCAGCAUGCGUCCGACUUUCGCGGGACACUUCUUUACCGAACCCUUCUAUAUGAAGCUGUAUGACAAUCUGAGGGCUACGUACUCUAACCAUAAGAUAAACCUAGAUCCAAAAAGCAGUAUGUUCUACGAAUUCCUAACAACAGUGCUCAAUUGCCUGGCCAUACAACUAGAACUUUCCACUGAACGAGAAUUUGGCUCAGUCACAGAAGAGUUACUCUACUACCUCAAAGUUAUAAUGCCUCUUCGUUCCGACACGACUGUGUACUGCAUAACACAGCUAUUAAAAUGCUUAUUUGGUACUAACAUGAUAACGGAAUACAAUGAUUUCAUGAGUAUAGAAGCUUUACCAAAGACUGAAGAUAAUGUUACAUUUUACGAUGAUGUUAUGUUAAUUAAUUCCUUAUGCCCUAUUGAGAGUGAAUCUAGAAGGGACAGUGUAUGUUCCAAUUCCAGUCAAAAAUUGACGUUGGAUAUUAAGAAUCCGGUUAUGAUGGAAGAGCGAAAAAUGUUGAUGGCUAUGGAGAAUUUCUCUAAGGAUAAGAUGGAUCGGAAGUGGAGUACGAAUAAAAAGGAGUUGGAGAGAUAUAUUAGGUUGUUUGAACCGGUUGUGAUACAAGCUUUAAAGAGUUAUACAAUGCAAAACGACAUACCACUCCAAUGUCGAGUGUUAAGCCUCCUAAGCCAGCUGCUAACUCUGAGAGUCAACUACUGCAUGCUUGACAGUGAGCAGAUAUUCAUCGCGUUCCUCAUUAAGCAACUUGAGUAUGUGGAACAACAUGAGAUACCUAAUUGCUGUGAUCUAGUCCAUAGUAUACUGAUGUUCUUAGUUCAACUGUCUUCCUCAAAACAUCACACGAAACAAAUCAUAGAAAUUCCUAAGUUAAUUCAACUAUGCGACGGUCUAAUGGCCUCCGGUAAUCACUUGGAGUGUAUAGCGGGGUUGGAGCCAGUCAUCGUCAAAAUUUUCAGCAACAUGGGUGGUGGUAGUGUAUUGGGUAGGCAGCAGCAACAAGAAGCACAAGCGACAAGAGAAGUCCUGUUUUCGAUGCUGCAAAAAACUAUGGACCGACAAAAGGUGCUAGAACUAGUAUCGUGCGUCCUCUGUCUCUCCCAAGACCACCCAGAAAGCUACUACCUCUGGUCGGAGCUCGCCUGCAACACCCUACUGAACCUGCUAGCGAGCGCAUCCAUGGAGCUGGACAGCCGCCACGCCAUCGCGUCUCUGGAGAGGCUCUUAGAGUGCGUGUACAAAGACGUGCUGCUGGAGCAGAGCAGGGUGGAGAUGCUGCUCAAGAUACUGUUCAAGGCGCCUGAACAGACAACAGCGCCCCGCAAGUUAAAAAUCCGCUACCUCGCCAUAAUAAUGGUCAUUCUACGAAAAAUACUCAUUCUCAUACCAGAGAGCGAAAUACUACUAUCAAUAAACUAUCUCAAAUCGUCCCACAUUUCCCCUCAAUCUAUAUUUUUCAACGUCAAACCCGACGUAGAUCCGCUAAACGUCCAAAAUGUCAACGAGAAUUGCGCGAAUUUGUCGCCAGAUGUCAUUCUAGUCAGGUUUUUGUUCAAAACGUUGACGUUUGCGAUUAUGGAAGUGGACAACGGCCAUGAUGCGAUUGAUCUUGGCGAUGAAGAUCAUCAGAAUGGCUUGCUGUAUGCGGUGUGCGUGAACAUUAUUGUGCAAGUGAAGCAUAUGCUGCAUUUAACAAGCAAACCUGGCUAUUGAGAGAUGUAGACUACUGAAAGACAUGUCAGUCGAGGACAUAAACGUGCAUCUGACUAAAGAGGACGUCCAAGUGGCUUUAGAGUUGCUACAGAGGGAGAAGGUUCAUGUUCGAUACUCUUCCCUAGUAAUGGAGCUGAAUUCGUUAGCAUCAUCAGUAUUCGAUCUGUCCCCAUUGGACCUGUCCCAAGACCGAGCCAUCAACCCGCAGUACAUCGUCACCACCAACGUGGACGACCACUGGCUCGCCAACCAGGUCAAAGCCAGAUGCUGUCAAACCAACUGCGUUUUACCUAAGAUAUCCAAGCAGAAGGAGCUCGCUUCGCUAUUACUAAAUUUGUCAAAAGACGAACUGUCAACUGUCAUCGCGUGCCCAGAGUUUGACAGGAAACUACUUGGCACCUACUUCAAACAGAUCUGUGAUAAUUAUCUAAAAGAGUUUCUUGAUGUGGCGUCCGCUUGCGAACGCAAAGAGUUAGAGCGAGACAACAUCAGAGAACAGAGAGAGAUCAUAAAAUUACACGAAGAAAUGAUAUCAUCAAUGGAUAGUAACAAAUUGAAUGUAGUCAACAGCUUACAAGUUUUUAAAAAGGGUGACAAAGAAUCCAAAUCACAAUUCUUUAUACCGGUUAAUGAAAAAGAGAAAUUCGGAAAUUUAGAAUUGACUGAUGAAGACACAGAAUUGAUUCCUCCACAGAUGUCUGAAUUAUACGAAGUCGCUAUAACCUCCUUUGACAAAAGUCUCUCUGAAAUAAUAAGGCAAUUUCCUAAGCAAAAUCGGCCUUUAAGCCAAUCUGAAAACUUCAACUUAACUGUAGAACAAACUAUAGAUAAAUAUACAAGACGAUGUCAUCAAGUGUUUCAAGACAAAUUAUUCUAUCAAGAAUUCAUUACAGUCCAAACAAUUUUAAAAGGAUUCCUAGAAUCCCUGCAAAGGACUUUGAGUCUUAUAGACGAUACUGACUGCGAUUUAUUAGAGAAAUGUAUAGAGAGCAUACUACCCGGAUCUUUAGCGAAGAAUAUAGCCAUCUUUUCUGUGAUAUCUUUACAGUAUUUGACGUUUUUGAUAAAGAAUAAGAAACUUGUAGAAAGUCCGGUACAUACUGACGUUUCAUUUAGAGCAAACGUAACCGUCACAGAUGAUGUAGUAGUUGACAAUGUCAUAGUUUUGACAAUUGAUAAUGUAGCAGAGGCGUUGGGCUGUAAAGAGAUAUGGAGCGGGUUGAAUUUUGACAGUAAUGUCAAUCGGAUGCAGUCUGCGAUCAGCUGUUUGUAUGCGAUUGUGAAGUAUCUAGUCAAGGACACCAAACCAAUAACACUAAAUAAAUACAUAAUGACCGAUGAAGACCCGAAACCAGAUAUAAUCAUUAUAGGGGACAAACUGGUCACCCUCAUAGAGUACUGGGAAUCGAACUUCUGUACCGACGGUGCGAGUGAAGUGCUUGGCAAGUGCUAUAGGAAACCUAUCGAGAAACUACUUGUCAGUUUAGCGAGACUGGACAUAGUAAGCAACAUGGCGCUCAUACCGCCCAUAGCCUGGUCGUCCGUGGAGGUGUUCUCCAAGAAGGACCAGCUCCAGAAGAUCGACCUGCCCCUCCAGGCCUUCCAGGAUAUGGACGUUUUGGAAGCUUUCUUAUUCAGAGUGAACCUAAUCGGUUGGUCGUCAAAGAAGCAGUUCGAGGAAAUUUGGGUGGUUCUCCUCGGAGCGCUGCAGGGCAACGGCGGGCAUUGGGCCGUGCGGGGGAUCACGCAGCUGCUCACGGGCGCUCGCUGCGCCAGGCACGUGCCGAGGGACCUGGGCAGGACCAGCCGGGGAAUCCAACGACUUCGCAACAUUCUAGUCGGCACUUCCUUCUUCUCACAACUGGACAACAUCAACUUGGAGCGAAUCCCACUUCUGAACGAUGGCGCCCCGAGCUACCAUUGUGCAGAAUACAAUGCCGAUUACCUCAAACUGUCUGCAGAUAUUACAGACUACGCGCCAUACUUCGUAAGGAAAGAAGUGAAGCGAGCCAGAAAGAACAGAGACGUCGACGUGAACAGCUGUUUGCAGCUCCUAAUGGAUGUCACUUCGCAGAUGUUAGAUCCUAAGGCACCAACAGGCCUAGCGACCCGCCUGGCGCUACUGACCAGCCUCAUCUACUGCAGCGACGUGUACAGCGACGCGGCGCAGUGGCGGUGCGGCGCCGCGCAGCUCAUCGCCCUGAGCGGGGCCAAAGGCGACAUCACUCAGUACAGUGCGGCAGGAAGGGCUCUACUUGCCGCUAUGCAACGGGCGUUGUGUGUGGAAAGGCAUGAUACACAGGAACUCCAAACAGUCCACCAGAAGCUCCUAAAGUCGCUAAGCUCCCCGUACGCCCCGCUGCGUCAGGCGGCGCUGCAGGGCUGCCUGCUGCAGCUGGGCGGCUCGCGGCGUGUCGGGGCCGCGCCGGCGCCGUCGCCCUACCAGGAGCUCGUGACGCAGCUGGCGCUCCACGUCCGGACUCAUCUGCCGCAUGACACCAGACUGUCCCUAUACGAACAGAGCCUCUACUGGGCCGUGCUGUUCACUCUGAUAGAGCUCGGCCAUCCGGACCUCAUAAAUAUCGCUGUGGACUUCGUGCUAGCCAAGCCUAGGCACUAUUGCAUCGACCUGGUUGUCAAGGGUAUCUCAAACACAAUCCGACAGCAAGUCCUGCCAAAAGAACUGAAAAACAAUGUGAUAGAGAAAUUGACGGAAAACACCAAGAAAUAUUCGGAGGGGCACGCCCUGGUGAUUCUUAUGGUGCAUCUGUUCUCAGCCGACAACAAACUCUUAAGUCCAAAACUGACCUCAGACGUCUCCAACAUGGACCCAGACAUCCUCAUGAACUCAAUGGAACGCAUAACCCUCCUCUACAAAUUGUUGCGCAAAUCCGAAAUGCCGGAGACUAAGCAAAUAAUAACGAACGCACUGAAAUACUUCUUAAGGGAGACGUUGCCGCCCGCGGCGACUUUGAGUCGAGUUGUGAUCGAGUUUCUGGAGACUUGUAAGGAGAGCGAGAGGGAAAAGAUGGCGGUGCUUAGUGAGAGGGAGAGGAGGAUAGAGAGUGCGGUGUUGAAUGCUGAAGUUGUUUUUGAGGUAUUCGAGACAUCAGUAACCCAAGACCAGCUCCCAGUCCUCAGCGGCUGGAUCUUCGAGGCCCUCUGCCACCUGCUCCACGGCAAAAUAUCCCCACACCUCCUCCCCUACACCUUACUAACACUCCUCGUCUCCGCUUCGUCCACCCAACACAUACGCAAGAUCAUUCCUCUAUGUUACUACAUACUAAGUCUAGGUUUCCAUAGAUGUGCUGAUGUAGAUUUUGGGUAUUUUACGGAUUUUGUAGAGUGUAAAGAAGGGAUGAGUUUUAAUGAUAGGAGAUUGUUGUGCGUGGUUGCAAUGUAUUCUGGUUUCAGUGAGGGGCAGUUGGAGAGGUUGAAAGAGCUUUGUAGUAGUAAUGAUUGUUUAAGUGAAGUUAUGAUGUGUUUGGAUGCUUAAGAGGAAAGAGGACGGCCGAUUCUCCAUACAAACGUUCCCAUUUUCCUCUCUGGAUAUUGAUAUUUUGUUUUUUUUUUACAUAAUAAUAAUAAUAAUAAAUGCUUUAUUGCACACUACAAAAAAAAAUGGUACAAAGUAUGUAAAGGUAUAAAUAUGUAGGUAACAACAGGCGGACUUAUCGCUAAACAGCGAUCUCUUCCAGACAACCUUCAGAUAUUAGAGAAAUGGCGAACGUAAUCAAGGUAACGGGUGGUGCAAAAAUAAAAUAAAAUACUAAAAUACAUAAUUUGAUAUUAACCAUAGCUAAGCCCCUACGUUUGACGUUUUCCGAUUUUUGUAUUAUUAUAAAAAUUAGGAACGAAAAACAGAUUUCAUACAAAAUUUUAAAUUCUAACUCCUGAAAUUAUUAAUAAUUCGAAAAAAUCAAACGUAGGGGCAUAGCUGUGGUUGAUAUACAACAAAUUGUGUCAAAAUAUUUUCAAUAAUGUUAAAAUCCAGAGAGGAAAAUGAGGACUACGUUUGUAUGAAAAGGCGAUUUCGCGCGGGCCCUCCACUUUCGUCUUAAGAAGUAAGUAUAGCUUUGCGAUCCUAACGAAAUAACGGUACUUUUUCUAUGAAAUUCCAUUUCGGGAGAAAACUGUUUCCACUAAUCAAAUCUUCGCAAAUCACUUUGAUUUUUGUCGAUCGCUUCAGAAUAUUUUUUUUUGUAUUGCUAAUUUAAAAAAAGGAAAACCUAUAAAACUAGAUUUUUAUUAAGUCAAUAACAUACUAAAAACAUAUGGAGAACGGAUAAUAUUUAGAAGUGCAAAAACAUUUUCUCUUUUUGUAUGGACGUGUAGGUGCUAUAUUUCCCUCUUAAAGGGCCGAAUUUGCUUUCAUACAAACAUAAACUUAACUGUCCAUCAAUGGACCUUAUGCCUUUUGUAAUAAGGUCCACCGAUGGACAGUUAGCAGUGUGGACGGUACGCAGUGUGUUUUAUGAGUAGUGUUUUUCAUACACGUUGCUGAGUCGGUUUUCGAACAGCGGCGUGGCCGAACUUUAAGAGUCCAUUAUCGAUUUUAGUCGCAAAAAUGUACACCUUUUGUUAACUAUAAGAAAUAACAAGUACUGGUUUCUAUUAGCACGUCUUGUUAUCUUUCAUUUUAAUAAAUUAUUUUUUUGAAAACAGACUCAAUUAGUAACGAUUUUUUUUUUCUGAUGGACGUUUAGGUAAACGCGCGUAAAGCAAUGAUUCUGCCGAUCUUAUUUGUAAAUUUGGUAAAGUUGGGACUGCUAAAAAUGGUAAUUUUGUAUUACACAUAUCCUGUACUUCAACUUUGAUUAACUACAUUUUUGUUAUUAUUAAUUUGAAGAAGUGUAAAUGAAAGUUAGACGAAAUCAAUUUUCUCCAGAAAUUACUUCAAAACAAGUGUCAAUUUCUCUGAAAAUUGACUUAAUUUCAACGUAUUUUUGAUACUUAAACAAUCUACAACAUUUGCCGAAUCUGUUCUUAUACAUCAUUUUGUAUAAUUUACUACCAUAAUUUUUUGAUGAAUUUUUAAAGAUUGUCCCUUCUCGUCACCUAUUACCGGGGACGCUCGGUGGCGACCUCAUUAUUAAAAGGCAAGAUGAACAAACGUGCUAAUAGAAACCAAUACUUGUUAUUUAGAUAUUACGUAACAAAAGGUGAUCAAUUUCAAUGACUAAAUCUAUAAAUUUUACAUUUUUGCUCUAAAAUCGUUACCGGGCUCUUAUUGAGUUGAGUUUGGCCGUCUAACCAACAAAUGGUUAAAACCGAAAAAAUAGAACGAAAUUUACUAAGUUAGCAUUGUAACAAAAUUAUACUUAAUAUGGUUCAUAUGGUUCAAAUUAUACUUAGUAUGGUUAGUUAAUAUGGUUCUCAAAUUUAGAUUAACAGUUUAUAACAUUAUGUAUUUUUAUUAUUUUAAAGUAAAUAAACCCCUGAUGGUAAGUAUGGAGACUGCUUACCAGCAGGCGGGCCGGAUGCUUGUUUGCCACCGGCGUAGUAUAAAAAAAAAUCUGAAGGUUAGGGACUGAUUUUUGGGAUGAUACACUUAAUUAUAUACCACAUAAUUUAUUUUGAUUAUAUUAACUUAUUUUUUGCUUCUUCGUUCUUAAUUAUUGUUAAUAUAUAUAUAACAAGGUGCCGAAGCGUCGGGGUAAAAUGAAAUUAUAAAUAUUUAAAAACUGAAUGUGAGAAAUACUUUUUAUUUUGUAAAAAUGCAUAUUUCUACGGUACAGUCACGUCUGAAAAUAUCGGUACGAAAAAUGUGCCAAAAAUAUGUAUACACUACCUUAAUAUAUGGGCAAUAAAGUCGUGUGUACAUAUUUUUUGCACCGAUAUUUUCAGACGUGACCGUACCAUCAGCCGUAAAAGUGCAUGCCGACGUUAUAGUACAAAAUGCAAUGAAUGAAGUAAUUGGAGUGAGGUUAUUUAAAUAGUAAGUAACUUAAAAAUAACCGAUAUAUAUAGAAAAAUACACGUUACUCUGAAUGUAUUUGUGUGAACGUAAAUCAAUCUAAACGUCGUUUUAGUGAAAUAUAUUUUUAAUAGUAUAAUAUUUACAUAAUUUUAACUAUAGUAACGGCUUCCAAAGCGAUUCAGAUAUAGUUAAUCGAUUUUUUAAUACACUAAUCUUUUCUCCCUAUCGCUCAAUGUUCUAGAAUUCGUAAAAUAUUCGAUAAAAAGAUCGAAGGAACAUGGGGUAAAGUAAUCGUCAAUUCAAGCAAAAAACACUUAUGUAUAUAUGCAAUAAUUUUGUAUGCUUAUAGUAACAAACUUUAGAUACAAACACAAAGAUGUAGUGUAGAUCAACCAUUUAUUGUACCAUCGUAUUUUCAUAAAGUAACAAUUUGGUUUAUUAAUUCGACUAAUCGAAACAUAGAUGGCGCUAGUUUAUAUUUGUGUAAGCAAUAAAGAGGAAUAACAACUAACUCAGAUCUCACCAGCUAUGUAAAAUAUACAUUCGUGUAAUGGAAAUAAGUUGCAAACUCGAACGAAGAGAAAUGUGAGAUGGGAACUUUCUAAAAUUAUGUACUUUGACAAGUCCUUUUAGAGACAAGCACUGUACUGUUAGUAGCCUUAACCUUGUAUAAUUUGUAUAUUUUAUAGGAAAUUAUUAAGUAUGAAAUUAUGUUAUUUAUCACCGCUUCAGCGAGAAGUAAAAUAUAAUGAGAUUUACUAUAAA